UCAUAACUUUUUGUUAAACUAAGCAACGAGAGACGCAAAUGUAUGAAAAUGUACAGUAGAUUAUAUUAUUUUGUUUGACUUAUCGUCAUUUUUGGAACCAGAAAGCAAGCAAAAUGAUGGAAUCAUUAAACUACGCAGCUAUAAAGACAUCAAGUCAAGUUAGAGAAGCAGAGGAGCAAAAAUCUGAGCAGCGGAAAAAGAAUUUAUUAAUUCUGAUGCUACAUCACCUCCUAGGAGAAGGCUACUCAGAGUCAGCCAAGGCAUUGGAAUCAGAGAGCAAUUUGUGUUUUAACAAGUUCGAAGUGUGUGACAAUGUGGAUUUGGAGACUAUACUUAUGGAAUAUGAGAGUUACUAUUAUGUAAAGUUUCAGAAAUACCCCAAGGUGACUAAGAAGAUAUCUGCAGAAGCUAUCAACAAUAAGAAUGGCAAGAAUAAAAAGAUUUCCAGAACGAGCAGCACUCCGAUACUACCGAAGAUACCCCAUGCCCCGGACCAUUCUGGUAACGCAUCAGCAAAUACAUCAGGGAGGAAAAGACCCACCUCUAGUACGGUGGCCCAGAGGAGACAGUCAGGAAAUGGACCCAGAAAGAGUACAGAUGGCGCAAGACAAUCACCACAGGUCAAUGGGCAUGGUGACCCCUUAUCUGACCUCUCAGUGUCAGGGUCAAUGGUCAGUAAGAGUCACGAGAAUGGAACAUCAGGCGGCAAGCUUCCCCCCAAGCGAGGCCCCAUCAUCGACAUGAGGGCCAUGUUGAAUAAUGCAGUCAAAGGAGCUACCCAGGAAUACAUGGGAGGAGCUGAGCAAGAUAGUUCAGAUAGAUUACUAAAGCCACUAGGAGGCUAUGCUGGUUACUCGUUGGAAUGGAGAGAGUUGGCACAGAAUAUAAGUAAAGAUAUCUACCUACACAACCCUGAUGUGAGGUGGGAUGAUAUUAUAGGUCUGGAUGCUGCUAAGAGACUCGUCAAAGAAGCAGUAGUAUAUCCUAUCAAGUACCCUCAACUAUUCACCGGUAUCCUCUCACCGUGGAAGGGACUUCUACUGUACGGACCACCAGGUACCGGCAAGACUCUACUGGCCAAGGCGGUAGCUACUGAAUGCAAUACAACCUUCUUCAAUAUCUCCGCUUCUAGUAUAGUCAGCAAGUGGAGAGGAGACUCAGAGAAAUUAGUCAGAGUAUUAUUUGAGCUUGCAAGAUUCCAUGCACCAUCCACGAUAUUCCUAGAUGAGCUUGAAUCGGUGAUGGGACAAAGGGGUGGAGGAGGAAAUGAACAUGAAGGGAGUAGAAGAAUGAAGACAGAGCUUCUAGUACAGAUGGAUGGACUUGCCAAAACAGACGAUCUCGUCUUCUUGUUAGCAGCCUCAAAUCUUCCAUGGGAAUUGGACCAUGCCAUGUUGAGGAGAUUGGAGAAGAGGAUAUUAGUAGACCUGCCCGUACUAGAAGCUAGGAAAGCAAUGAUUGAAUACUACUUACCUAGCGUACUCAACCCAGAUUGCGCCUUGUCCAUCAAUACAGAUAUUGAAUAUGAUUUCUUAGCAGAGAAAACUGAAGGAUACUCAGGGUCCGAUCUGAGGCUGGUAUGCAAGGAAGCUGCCAUGAGACCAGUCAGAAAGAUCUUUGAUAUCUUAGAAUCAACAUCAGAAAAAGGAACAAACAAAACAGCUGGCAGAGACGAAACCCCUAACCUUGUAUGGCACAAGGACUCCAUGCCAGACUUGACCCUUGACCCUAUCACUACAGCAGACGUGGAGGCAGCGCUGGCUCACACCAAACCAUCCGCCAAGCUUCUCAAGGACAAAUACUUAAAAUGGCAGAAAGAAUAUGAGUCCGUCUAGAAUAGACCAAUGCAGCUCCGAAUAUGUACCGAUAAUGCAGUGGAGAUGGAACUUCGUGAGAGAUCUAGUCUAAAUCAACAUGGAUGGACUAGUGAUACAGAGGAGACUAGCCUUGGUCUAAACCAGAAUGCUAUUGCUUCGUGGAUACAACCAUGAGUGUUCCCACUGGUUUUGGUCACAGGGACCCAGGUCUGGUCUACAUUGGUCUCAUGGACUAGACCCUAAUGUUAUCUGCAGAGACCCAGCUCCAUGUAUGUACUUGUAUUCGUGAUGGAGUGGCGAUAGGACUCUGUCUUAUCCCAGAGACCUUGUACUAAAUUGAUGUGACUUGUCU